ACAUGUUUUGACGUUUGAGCACAUAACCUCAAAAAAAAUGAGCCAAAAUAACGAGAAAUACGAGAAUACCCCCGGAAGACAAGCAAUGGCAGUGAUGAAAGACAUCAACAAGGAAAUCAUUUUCAAGAAACCGAUCGGAGCACCUCGAAAAAGGCACAAAGAAAAAGUCCUUGACGAAGAUACGUAUGUGGAGGAGAUUGGUAAAAUUAUCCAGAGAGACUUCUUUCCAGAUCUGGAGAAGCUCAAGGCCCAGAAUGAGUACUUGGAUGCCAUGGAACGAAACGACAUGACUAAAAUGAGGGAAUUGUAUAUGAAGUAUAGUGGGAACAGGCCCCCAACUCAGAGGAUCCCCAGCCCUGCAACAUUCGAAACCCCCGCAAACAUCCACAACUCUCAAGUCCGCGAAGAACCCCCCACCGAGCCAGCCGAAAAACCCGAACCCAAGGUGAGCCUAGACCAGUUCUUGAACGUCCACACCAGCGAAGACAACCGAAGUUUCUGCGAGAUCUUAGCCGAAUCCGAGAAGCGACACCAAGAAAAAUACUCCUACUUGUACAACGAAGAAGACAAAAGCGAAGAAGAUAGACUCUCCCAGUUGGCGUUGCCAUCCGUCGAGCAACAAGCAGCCCUCCCGGAGAAAAAACUCAACGUAGACACCUGGAGCUACAAGAACAAGAACUACAUCAUGUACAUUCCAGACGGAGUUCCUUUAACCCAAGAACAGGAAAUCGAGCUCAACAAGAAGAAACAGGAAGUCGUCCACGCCAACACCAGACUCACGAUUAACCCUUUCAACGAAAACCAGAGCAAAGAGGCUAUAAACGAGUUAGCGAAGACGCAGGCGAAAGUCUUGGACGGGAAGAUCGGCGUGGACGGAAAAGAGCUAAUGAAGAGCGACUCUCCGAAAAUUCGGGGGUUCGGGUUCAUUAAGACCCCGUCGCCCCACCCGGGGGUGACCGACACCCCGUUGAUGACGUGGGGCGAGAUCGAAGGCACCCCGUUCCGUCUGGACGGCAGCGACACCCCUCUGCCGCGCUCGCAAGGCCCGUCGUUCAAAAUGGCGGAGCCGCCCAGACGCGAGCAAUUGGCCUUAGCUCUGGCCGAGAAGGUGGGCGAGAAGAACAGAGACAGGAAGCAGAAAGCGAUCGACGCGGCGAGGAGGAGGUUCGCCACGCCGUCGCCUCGGGCUUUGAAUUCCGCGGAGCGGCUGGCGACGAUGUCGCCGGCGGCGAGGCGCCUGGCGACGUCGAAGUUGGGGUUAGGGACAGACUUGGGGCUGUCGUAUUCGCCGAGUCCGAGGGCGAAGACGCCGAGCACGCCCAAGAGGGUGGUAACUCCGAAGCUAAAUCUGGGGAUAAGGAAGGUGGACGAUAAUCUGACGGAUGAUCUGCUGAAGAUUAACGUACCCAAGAGACAAAAAGCGGCAGAUUUUUUUUAGAAAUGUAUAUAAUAUAGUGUGCAUAAGUUAAAAUAAAAAAUUUGAUUUGA